AUGGCGAAAACUAAGGUGUACAUUUUUUACUGCUUUUUGGCGCUGCUGCUAUUUAUCACCAUUAUUGCGGUAAUCUUUAAUAAUCAUCCUCUUGAGCCCGCAUGCCCGAAUGGCACUUUCCACAACGCCGCAGUGGCGGCAGACACAAGAAAAUGCUCAGAGAUUGGAAGGGACAUUCUUCAGAGAGGCGGCUCAGCGGUAGAUGGCGCUAUUGCUGCGCUUUUGUGCACGGGCAUCAUGAACCCACAGAGCGCUGGGAUCGGAGGGGGCUCCAUGUUCACAGUAAUGGACAGCUCUGGUAAUGUGAAUAUCAUCAACUCCAGGGAGACGGCACCGUCAAACGUGAACCCUGAUCUGCUGAAUUCCUGCCGCAGGUCCUCUAAUAUGUUUGCAGAUGGCAAUGGGAAAUGGAUUGGAGUACCAGGGGAAAUUCGAGGCUACGAAAUGGCUCACAAACUUUAUGGAAAACUGCCGUGGGCCGACCUCUUUCAGCCGACCAUCAAGCUGGCCAGAGAGGGAUUCCCUAUUCCUCUAGUCCAAGGCAAAGCCAUCAAAAAAAUUGACAAAAACCAGACGCCAUCCCUGUGGGAGGCAUUUUUAGGUGAAAAUGGAACUGUAAAUCAAGAGACUAGAAACAUCACAUUUGAGAAACUGGCCGACACUUUGGAGAUGAUUGCAAAUAAUGGAUCAGACGUCUUCUACACUGGAAAGAUAGCAGAGGAUUUAGUCCGUGAUGUGCAGGAAGCAGGAGGAGUCCUGACACUGGAGGACUUGGCAUCAUAUAACGCUACAGUAACUGAUGCGUGGGUUGUCCCUAUGGGAGAGUACCAGAUGUACAUCCCCCCACCCCCCUCAGGAGGAGCACUCCUCAGCCUCAUCCUCAACAUUAUGAAAGGGUAUCAGAUGAAGUCAUCCCCUCAGUCUACUGAUCAAAAGACCCAGUUUUAUCACCGCUAUGUUGAAGCUUUUAAAUAUACCAACGGACUAAAGAAGCGCAUUGUGGAUCCAAACUUCAAAUCAGAAGAAAUCAAAAAAGCAAAGCAAAUUACAGAAGAUAGCUUUGCUGACCGCAUACGGAGCCGGAUAAGCGACAACAGGACACACGAUCCCGAGUAUUACAACCUCACCUCGUAUCUGGACAGCAUGGGUACCACACACGUGUCUGUCCUGGCUGGAGACGGAUCAGCCGUCGCCGUCACCAGCACCAUCAACCACAUAUUUGGCUCUGGGGUCUACUCCCGAAGCACUGGAAUCAUCCUAAACAGUGAGCUGAGUGACUUUUGUGGAAUGACGGAUAAGAUCUCUCCUGGGGAGCAGCCCCCCUCCUCCAUGGCCCCCGCUGUGCUGAAGUCUGACUCGGAGAUACUGGUGAUUGGAGCGAGUGGUGGGAGCAGGAUCACAUCGGCAUUGGCCUCUGCCCUCAUCAACCACCUUUGGUUUGGAAACAGCCUUAAAGAGGCAAUUGCUACUCCUCUUGUCUUUGUAGACUCUAAAACCUCAGUAGAGGUCGAACUCCAUUUUUACAAGGAUGUAAACAUGACUCUUAAAGCAUUGGGGCACCUAUUGAAACUAGCUGACGACUCAUAUAAUUCCACAGUUAAUGCUGUGGAGAAAAAGGGAGGCUGCAUCUGUGCUGAGUCUGAUGACAGGAAACGAGGAGAAGCAGCUGGUUAUUGA